AUGUCGAGCCAUGUUAAUGAUGAAAACAAUGAUAGUUACAAUGAUUUACUGCAAUCCAUUAUGCCAAUUAGUAGUUAUUUAGAUUCAGGUUAUUUAACAUUGAAUUCUCCAUGUGUUACGUCCCCAUCUCGUUUAUCACCAUCAAGUGUCAUUCUCAAUCAAGUUGAUUCUCCAUUAUCAGAAUGCGACGUACAAUCUCCCAUUAAUGCUGCCAUAAGAAAAUUUGUUUCCAAAAUUGAUUAUGAACAUUAUAUAUCAACGCGAAAACAUUUUGAUGUAUUAACACAAUUAUACCAUCGUAAUACGCAACAUAUUAUUGAUAGAAUAUUUGAAAAUUUAUCGAAUAAUGAUUUAAAAUGUUGUUCAAGUGUAAGCCGAAAAUGGUGUUCAAUAUUAAGAGAUUAUCAUCGACGUAAACGAACAAAAAAUGUGAAGCGUAAUUUAUUUAAUAGCAUCAAUAAAACUCCAGUAAAAAAAGUCCAAUACAAAACUGUACCAAUGCAAACAAUAACAAAUUUACUUGAUGUAAAAGCAGCAAUACCGGUCAUUGUUGAAACAACAACAACAACUGUAGAAAAUAAUCUCCCAGCAACACCAUCACAGCAAAUAUUUACAUCAUCGCCUGAUAAUACUGUUCAUCUUGCAGCAAGUACAAUGACAUUUCGUUAUGGAUAUUUAAAAUAUUUACAUGGACCAACAGUACCAAAACGUUGUCCUAUUUGUGCUUAUGUUUCAAUUGUUGAUGUCAAUGAUCAGCAUGGCAUUUGUACGAAUCCAUUAUGUCGAAAUAGUUUCUGUCAAUGCUGUUCUGGUCCUUAUCAUCCAUCUAGUCCGUGCAAAACAACAACAGGUCCAAUAAAAUCUCCAUGGCGUCAACGACCUACUGUUUCUCCAAUAUUUUCAAAUAAAACACGAAACAAUCUACGACGAUUACUAAUUUGA